GUCUUUCUGAGAUGCUUCGGACAUCCAUCACGACAGCCCAGCCCACUGCUCGGCGUCGCCAGCGCAGUAACCCUCGUUGAGCGACAGAAAACACGAUGACUGAAUAGCCCAAGAAUGGCGUUCCCCGAUAAGCCUACGGCGCACCUGCUAGGGUCCAAUGGACCCGUGCACGCUUUGGCUUACUCUGCGUCUCCGGGGACCUACAUCUUGACGGGCUCUGCAGACCGGACGAUCCGCCUGUACAAUCCGUUCCCGAGCACCACCGUACCCGAGGUCCGGUCCACAGCCAAGCCCGCUAUCCCUCAGGGCCGCCUCAUCCAGACGUACGCGGCUCACGGGUACGAGGUCCUAAGCAUUGAUGUCGCGAGGGACAAUGAGCGCUUCGCAUCCGGGGGCGGAGACCGGUCCGUCUUCCUAUGGGAUGUGGCCACGGCCGUGACAACGCGGCGCUUCGGCGGCAACGCGCAGGGCCACUCGGCGAGGAUCAAUUGCGUGAGCUUCGCCGGCGAUGGGGACUCGCUCGUCGUCAGUGGCGGGUUCGACACCACGGUCCGCAUGUGGGACACCAAGAGCAAUAGCUUCAAGCCUAUCCAGGUGCUCGAUGAGGCGCGGGACAGCAUCACGUCGCUGCUGGUGCAUGGGCCUGAAGUCGUGGUGGGCAGCGUCGAUGGCCGCGUCAGGAGCUACGACAUUCGGAUGGGGCGCUGCACCACCGAUGUGCUGGGUACGAGCGUGACUAGUCUUAACAUGACUAGAGACGGGCGGACCAUGCUGGUUAGCACCUUGGAUAGCAAGCUGCGGCUGAUGGACCGCGACAAGGGGACGUGUCUCAGGACCUACUCAAACCCGGGCUGGAAGAACGAGGAGCUUCGCGUCCAGUCUCUCCUUGGCGGGAAGGAAAAGUAUGUCGUUGCGGGCGACGAGAUGACUGCGGAACCAAACGCAAAUGGCGAGGGGAGGGUAUGGGCUUGGGACCUCAUCUCUGGUAAGCUGGUUGCCAAGGUCACGGUCCCUUGGGGCCCGCAAGGGUUUGAGCAGAGGAAGAGGGUAGUCGGGAGGGAUGGCAAGGAAAAGCCGCGAAGCAACAUCAUCAGCUGCAUGGCAUGGCGGGAUGACGGCUGGGGCGAUCAAUACUGCGUCGGAGGCACGUCUGGUGUCGUAACGGUAUUCGGUGCAUUAUGAUAUGUGCCUCAAGCAGAUAUAUGGUCUACGCCAACAUCAAGACGCUCCUUCGUCAAGAUACCCCCUGUCUAUAUGUCCCAAUACAUGGCGCUGCGACGAGACGUCUCUGGACGGC